UAAGUGUCAGGGUCGUUUGUUAUGUUUUUGCAAUUUUAGCAAAAAAAAUAAUAACUUUUUGCAAUCAGAAACUUAAAUUUUCGUGAAAAUGACUUGAUGACAACAGCUAAAAUACUUCAACUAAUAACAGGGGCUGCCUAAAAACUCGCUCCAGGAUGAACAUAAUGCGGAAAUUGCGCAACCCUGGAGGCGGCUCCAAUGCCUCCAGCAUAGAAAGUACAGCAGGAGAUCCUUCAUCUUCGCAUACUCAGUUAGGUUUAAUGCAUUUAAAAAAACUGUUCUUGGAGUAUAUGCAUCCUCCACAACCACUCACAGAUCAAGAGAAGGAUGAUAAGUUGUACAAUAUGUUACCAUUGUUUUGCAAGGUUUUCGGAGCCAGUCCAACCUGUGAUAUGAAUGAAAAAUUCUGGGAUAUUUUGGCAUUUUGCCAUCAGGUUUCUGUGCUGAUGGUAUCAGAGAUUAGAAAAAGGGCAUCAAACCAGAGUACAGAAGCAGCUAGUUCUGCUAUAGCAACUUUUUUGGAAAUUGAAAAUUGUGAGGAGUCAAGCAAUGGUUGGAUGCUGUUAUCAACUUUAAACCUAUUAGCAGCUGGUAACACCGCCUUGAUCCAAGUAAUGUCAGAAGUUUCAGUGCCAUCAACUCUCGUCCGAUGUCUCUAUUUAUUUAUCGAUCUACCUCCCGACUCUUCACAAAAAGAAACAAUCAACAAGGAAGGCGGUAGCGACUUUACGCCUUACGAACGGAGGGUUUUGUUACAGAAGAUUUUCGUACAGUUAUUGGUGCGUCUAUGCAGUCACAGGAUAGCUGCUGAAGAGUUAGCGAAGAAAGACGAUUUGACACUUUUAUUUUCUGGUAUUACGUCCAGUUGCCCACCUUAUAAUGUGAUGUGGAGGAAAAGCGCCUCUGAGGUGCUUAUGACAGUAUCCAGGCAUGGACUAACACCUCCUGUUAUUGGAUAUAUUCACAGUAAGUCUUGUGUGGCUCUCUGCAUAGAAAACAUGAAAAAAGUACCAGAAAUGGCACCGUUGGAAUUAGUGGAGAUGUUUGUGACGCUUUUUUGCUUUUUAAAAGACUCUAGCGACGUCUCCGCCACAUUAUUGGACGAUUUUAGACUGGCCCACGGUUAUUUGUUUUUAUCCGAAUUUUUAUUAAAAUCAGAAACAGAAAAAUCACAAGAGACCCAAGAUUCGGUUCGCAAUUUGGUUCUGAUGAUCGCCUCCCUUUGUAUGUGCGGUUAUAUAGAACUAAAGCCCUCUCAAGCGUCUAGCGGUUCCUUAUUUCAAAUGCCGGGGUUUUUAUUACCACAACCGUCCGGCAGAGGGAGCACCGUCAGAAAUAUCCAGGCGUUUAGCGUUCUACAAAGCACCUUUUUGAAGAGCAACUCGCCCCUAACUUGUUCCACUAUCCUGGAUGCCAUUUCCAGCAUUUAUCAAUCGGAUAACGCGAACUAUUUUAUUUUGGAAAAUCAGAACACACUCAGCCAAUUCACCGAGAAAAUACAUCAAAAACCUCCGGAGAUUCAGCGGAAGUUAUUCGAAUUAGUGGAGUUUCUGGUGUUCACGCUGAACUUCGUGCCUUGCAAGGAGUUGAUUUCUAUGUCGAUUCUUCUGAAAACGCACAGUUUGAAUUACGCCGAGUGCAGUAUCGCAUGCACAAAGACACUCCUCACCAUUUUAAAGCACAAUGUUAUUUUUAAGGAUGUUUAUAGAGAGGUGGGCUUACUUGAAGUAAUAGUAACUCUACUAAGUCGCUACGCCAGCUUUUUGGAAAACAAAAAAACAUUAAAGGAUUACCAAAUGCCAUUGGGACAAGACAAAUUGGGCGGCCUAAUAAUAGAAGCAAUCAUUCUAUUGUUAACAGGCAGUAUUGGAAACGCAAACGUUUUAAGAGAAUGUGGCGGUGCUAAAUGUGUACACGGAUUAGUACAGUAUUUAGAUUGCAGGUAUGCAGCGUUAGGUAUUAUAAAAGAAUUAAUUUUAACAAGCGGAGGAGAAGACGAUAUGGCCCAAUUAUUAAAUACCCUGCAUUCAGCCCCUCACUCAGACCUGAAUUUGAAAAUUGAUAUUUUAGAGGCUUUGAAGUUGUGCUUGAAAGAGUCCCAUCGAACUAGAACAGUUUUUCGUAAGACAAAUGGAUUUGUUUACGUCAUAAGCGUUCUGAUAGCGUUAGAAGGCAAAUUAAAUAAACCAGAACAUGACUCACGAGUUUUCCACUUACUACUGUUAGUUUUUCAAACAGUAUGUAUAGCCAUGAGAUUCGAACCGGCCAACGCAAAAAUAUUUUACUAUGAAAUUUGCAAGAAUACUUUAAGAGACACACUGAAGCUCUUGGGCUGCUUUUCACAGGAAAAACUGGAGAGAAUUCAAGAAUUUGAGGAACUAGUACCGGGGCCCUAUCAAGAAAUUUGUCAUAAUUUAUUCUUUGGAAGCAUCGUUAAUUUUUGUAUACCUGAAGGUAUUUCCCCUCGAUUGGCUUACGCCACUUUAGUGUGUCGUCUUAUGUAUGAUUUAGCCUUAGAUUUGUAUGAAAAAUCGAACGUUAAUACGGCCAUGUAUGCCAUUAAGUCACCGCCCUUAUCCAGACAGCACAGCCAAAAAUCACAGGAUGAUUUGACGGAUGAAUCGACGGUGAAAAAUAAGCGGGCGAGUGUCAACAGUUUAAAUCUGACCCCGCCUUCUCCUGAACCGAUCAUUGUUCAUCCUGGAGUUGUUAUUUGUUUGUUUCAACUUUUACCGAGCAUACAGGACAAAAACAUGGAAGCUGCAUUGUGCUUGCAACAAUUCAUCUCAGAAAUAAUAAAGUCUUUGGUGCGAUGUGAACGGAACCAGCAAGUGAUGUGCGAAAAAUCGUUCGUCAGUCAUAUCCUGGAAGUGGGUAAUGUUCCUCUGCAAAAUGAGAGUCAUCCACUGCACCCACAGUUGCAAUACAUGCUGGAACGGUUGGCGGCGCAGUCGCUCGAGCCGAUUGAUUUGAGGACCUUUCUUAGGUUUGGCAAUCCGCUGAGUUGUCUCCCAUUGGGCUCAACAGAGCGAGGGGGCGGAGGUCCGGUGCCCCUCACCCGCAUAAAAACCAUCGUAUCAAUGACGACCCCAAAAGAUUUUCGUGCGCAGGCCUCUUAUACUCUGCCCCCAUUCGUCGAGUUUGACAUGUCAGCAGAGGGAUUCGGUUGCUUGUAUCUGCCAAGUAUCGCGCCCCAAUCUUUAUCAGCUCCGAGCGUUGUUGGAGGACUAGAAACGCAUAUCUUAGGAGGAAUCGGAACAGGUGACCGUCUGUUCCCUCCACAAACCGGACUUAGUUACUCCACUUGGAUAUGCGUUGAUAAGUUUUCUGAUCCUCGCUCUGAUCCGCAUUCCGUUCAUUUAUUGACACUGAUUAGAAGUUAUAAUGGGGGACAAGAAGAUGUCGUUUGUCUUAGUAUUGUUUUGUCCACCAGGGAUAAGGCGAUUAUUGUAUCUACUAAAGAGACGCGCAUACCAAACAAUGUGGUGGGCAAUUGGGAACCGGAGGGCGCAGGCGACAGUGGAGUUCGUCUCUGGUACCCGGAUUUAUUAAAAGAGUCUCAGUGGCACCAUCUUGCGGUAGUCCUAAAUCGGGCGGUAUUAAAAAAUUCGUCGCUGGCUCUCUAUAUUGACGGACAACAAGUGCACUGUCAAAAAAUGAACUACAUCGCUCAGAAUCCGGGUGGGGCGGGAGCUGCAUCCGUUAACAUGAACCAAAUCACGUCGCUUUACGGAUAUAUUGGGACACCGCCCGCUUGGAGAAGGUUUUCAAGGUUGUGUUGGAAACAGGGUCCUUGUCAUCUAUUUGAGGAGGUUCUAAAUCCAGGGACGGUCUCUCAAAUGUACCAGUUGGGCCCUCACUACAUGGGCUCCUUUUUGGCCACCAAUUUAUCGAAUUCAUCGGAACCGGUCCAGUUGAUAUCAGAAGAAAAAUUGAUUUUUGGCUUAAACGCUAAAGCAGUAUCUCAUUUGACUUUAAAUAAAAUUCGAAAGGUUUAUAGCAGGGUGGAUAAUAAAUCGAUUGCGAAACAGUUAGGGAUGUCUAGCCACGAGAGCGCAACACCAAUAAGAAUCCUUCAUAAUUCCGCAGGCCAUCUCGCGGGCUCCGCUAGAACAUUGGGCGGUGUAGUUUUAGGUUAUCUGGGUGUCCGUGUCUUUUGUCCUAAGCCAGUGUCUAUGGUAAUCGACACGGUGGGCGGUUGUACGGUUCUGUUGGGACUAAUCGCGAUGGCACAGGACCAAGAAAGCCUUUAUGCUGGCGUAAAGGCUUUGGUCUGCGUGGUAAGGAGUAACCGAGUAGCUCAAACCGAAAUGGACCAGAGGAGGGGUUAUCAGACGUUGGCAAUGUUGUUGCGCAGGAAGCGCCAUCUGCUGAAUUCGCACAUUUUGCAUUUAGCUUUCGGACUGGUUGGUACAGUGGAUAGUGGUCGUGAAUCUUCAUCCAUUCCAAACAAAACGGCAUUUCAGGAUUUGCUAUGUGAUUUAGAAGUGUGGCACGAGGCCCCCGGCGAUUUAUUAAGAUCUCACCUGGAACACUUGCACGAAUUGGCGUUCGAAUCCAAUGAGAAAAAGCACAACAUUUGGGUGAUGAGAGAUUUAGGAUUGGUGGAAAAACUAAUACAUAUUACUGCAGAUAUAAAACACGCUGCCACAAGACAGGUUCUUUUUUCGCUAUAUACUACGUUAUUGGGUGGUCAGCCGAGGUCUCACGAUUUACUACUAUUUGGCCAAUUUAUAACGUCAACUUUACCACAGAUUUCGAAUUUUAAUGAAAAAAAUAUUAUUUUGAAAGAAGGUGAAACUGAGUGUGAACAAAUAUUAUUAAGGAACAGAUGUUUGACUGUUCUGCAUCAGUUAGUAUUUUCAUCACGCAACCAAGUAAGCGAAGAAAUUGCCAAAGUACUCGGUUUCGAUUGGCUGAUCUCAUUUAUGCAACCCAACAUACAUUCCAGUACGGUUUUAUUGGCUUUGAGGAUCUUGGUGGCCGCUUGCUCAAGCCCAUUCCUAAUUAUUAGAUUUAGAGAAGGAACAAGUAAUGGAGGCUGGUUACGUUAUUCCGAACAAGUGACCCAAAAUAAAAUGGCUGUAGUAUUGGGAUGCCCUCCACAUUCCCCUCAUGCCGGCGGAGACCAUCAAAAGUCAGAGGCAUUGCAAAUUCCUGGUUUUCAAUAUUUGGGUUGGUUGCUGCCCUCCCACCUAGACAUUCCGGAAGUGUACUUCCUCCUCACCGCCCUGAUGAUGGGUCAACCGGCCAAACUGAUUCCUUCCGAAACAAAAUUCAAUUUGGAUACGGUGUGGGCCUUUUUAUGGGGCACCUCCUUAAAUAAUCAACCGAUUAACAGUGUCGUGCCAAGAAUUACUUUGAGUGCCGAAGCGGUGGUCAUUUUGCUCGGGAUGAUGCGAGCUCUUAUCCAUUCUGAGACUUCCGCGUUGCCCGAGUGGCUGACUGAUCAUACUACGUCUAUUGUACAAGUUUUAUUCCAAUUAUACCAUAAUAUGCCAGACUUCAUGCCGAUAUUUAUGUCAUCUGAAGUGUUAAGCGCCUUAGCGGGGACUUUAUUUCCUUUUCCGUCGAAAUCUAUGGAAGACUUGUCGGACAGUAGCGGAGGCUCCACUCCCACGGGAGAAGAAAGUGAUAUUAUGAUUGUCCCUAGAUCGCCGCUAGAAGAAGUACCUUUAACAUCCCAUCCGGCCAGACAAUUCGUUAUCGACUUUAUAAGGGUAAUCGUGGUGGAUUCGUUAAGUUUGUCCACAACUGGAAAGUCUUCACCCGUAAUCGAUUUGGUUUUGGAUGCUUACCCGGUGGAUUCUAGUAAUUCGCAACAGGUGGCUUACCAAACGGAGGUAUUGGUAACUUUAAUGGAUCACUUACUGGCAGCCGACAUGUUAGUAGGAGAUCAAGCGGCGAUUCCGAUCGUGCCGUUGGCAACGGCGCAUAUUCAACACGUGGCACCGAAUGUUUUUUACUUGACUGCCCGGAUUGUGGAUAAAUUGUGGCAGGGAGCGUUAAACCGAGAUCCACAUGAAGUUUUCGACUUUAUCGUGAAAUUAAUCGGGCAAGCGAAACGACGCACUACAAAUUUAUCUCUGGAGGGCCUGUACCACUGCUUGAAUCGCACCAUUUUGUAUUUAUUAUCGAGAAAUACAGAAUCCAUUGCGGAUCAGAUGUCGGUGUUGGAGGCUCUACAUAAAUUAACCACUCAUAGGUUAAUCGUAUUUGGAGCAGGAAACCACGAAUUAGACUUUAUCGGUUGCUUAACUUAUUGCUUAUUACAACUAACUGCCGACAUGAGAAUCGCGUUAGAAACGAGUAACUCGAACAAUUCUAUGCCUCGCACCAUGUGGCAUGUCAAUCCAGGGCAAGACUUUGAAUCUAGGGAUGAACACUUAACUUCUCAUCAAGGUAAAAAUUUGAUGGCCACAGCAGCAACGAGGGUAUGGGAGGAAUUAUAUGUGUGCAAAAAGCCGGCAAUCGAAGAGGUUUUUAAAAUAACUUUACCGAUACCUGCACCAAAUGCAAAAGCACCAGAGUUAAGUAAAGCGAGAGAACAGAUCUACGAUUCCGCCGUAAAACUUUGGCUGAAUUACGUCGAUGCAGAGAGAAAGGCUGCUGGUAAGGUACCAUGGGAGUUACAUAACCAAUUGCAGUGGAAAAUUAACCGCGUGACUGGCGGUCUACACCGAUUAGCCAGCAGAACCAAAGUGAGAAAAGAAGAAACUCUACGAACAAGAGCUCUGAUAAGUAAAAAACAGGGAUUGAAUUGGCUGAUUAGUCAAGUGGGGGUCAUUUCGGAGUUGGUCGAGAUGAGACGCCAGCAACACUUAAAUACCACACAACACACUCAACGGUAUGUUCAUCAAGAGUGGCUGCAAACGGAAAAUGAACUGACACGGGAGAGGGGACUGUGGGGCCCGAUGGAGCCAUGCCAUUUAGACAAAUGGAUGCUCGACAUGACCGAAGGGCCACACAGGAUGAGAAAGAAAACGAUGAAAAACGAACUGUUUUAUUUACAUUAUCCUUAUAGGCAGGAACAUGAAAAAGGUAUUCAAAAAUACAAGACGGCCACAAGUCACCACAGCAAAGAGUAUUAUCAAGUGGUGCAAAAAAGGCAACACAUGAGCGGACUAAACUUGGAGCCCCCCGAACGAAGUGACAGCGUAAAUGCGGCCUCAGAAGAACUGUCACCUAUGCCUUACGCUGCUUUGCCACAUUUAACUAGAUUAACCUCGGAUACAACAGAUGACUUACAAGAAGAAAAUGACAAUGAAGAGGAACAACCCUCACCACCACCAGAUAACCAAACCUUACUGCGAUUGCUAGAACACAACGAAAAAAUCACUUACAUGUUUAGAGUGGCGAGGAUUCAAGGUUUAGACACCACCGAGGGCUUAUUACUGUUCGGCCACGAACAUUGUUACAUCGUGGAUGGAUUUACUUUAUUAAAAAAUCGCACUAUUCGGGAUAUCGAUAGCGUAUCACAAAGUGGCAACGAGUACGAACCUAUUUUACCCAUAACCGGUUCCCCGAGACGCUCUAGGACAAUGCGACAAUGUUCCAAGUUUUCUUAUGAUGAUAUUCGAGAAGUGCAUAAGAGACGGUAUUUGCUGCAACCGAUGGCCUUGGAAGUAUUUUCUGGAGAUGGUCGUAACUACUUGUUGGCUUUUGUCAGGAAACAAAGGAACAAAGUAUAUCAGCGGUUCAUGGCCACCGCUACUGGAAUUUCGGACAGCGCUCAGCAAUCGGUCGCCGGACAAAAACGAACCGCCCAUGUGGAACAAGCUGCUGGAUUAUUAAGUAAUUUGAUUGGUGAGACCAGUGUCACGCAAAGAUGGGUCCGAGGCGAAAUAUCCAACUUCCAAUACCUGAUGCACUUGAACACUCUCGCGGGUCGUUCUUACAAUGACCUUAUGCAGUACCCGGUGUUCCCGUGGAUUCUAGCUGAUUACGAUUCAGAAGAAUUGGACUUGACCAAUCCAAGUACUUUUAGAGAUUUCGCUAAGCCAAUGGGAGCGCAGAGUCCCGAACGAUUAGAACAAUUUAAGAAGAGAUUUAAGGAAUGGGAUGAUCCGCACGGGGAAACCCCGCCUUACCACUACGGCACCCAUUAUUCCAGUGCGAUGAUUGUCUGCUCGUAUUUGGUUCGUCUAGAGCCGUUCACUCAACAUUUCCUGCGACUUCAAGGGGGCUUCGAUUUGGCCGAUCGCAUGUUUCAUUCGGUGAAAGAAGCCUGGACGUCUGCUUCCAAACACAAUAUGGCAGACGUCAAGGAGCUCAUUCCAGAAUUCUUUUAUUUGCCGGAAUUUUUGGAGAAUAGCAACCAAUUCGAUUUGGGGGUGAAACAGAGCGGAGUAGCGUUGGGAGACGUGGCUUUACCUCCAUGGGCUAAACAAGAUACACGAGAGUUUAUCCGCGUCCAUCGGGAAGCGUUGGAAUGCGAUUUCGUAUCACAAAAUUUACACAACUGGAUCGAUUUAAUUUUCGGUUGUAAACAACAGGGCCAGCCGGCCGUCGAGUCUGUCAAUGUGUUUCAUCAUUUAUUUUAUGAAGGAAAAGUCGAUAUUGAUAAUAUCGAUGAUCCAUUGAAAAAGAAUGCCACCAUUGGGUUUAUUAAUAAUUUCGGACAAAUACCGAAGCAGUUAUUUAAGAAACCGCAUCCCUGCAAAAAAAUGGGAAACAACAAUAGAACGUCCGUUAUAAUCGAUCCCGGUUCGUUAGUCCAGGCAUUUACUUUACCGCAACCGGAUAAAUUGUUUUUCCACCAUUUGGAUAAUUUAAGGCCGUCAUUGCAACCAAUUAAAGAAGUGAAAGGGCCGGUUGGCCAAAUCCUCCAAAUAGACAAAUCGGUGUUAGCGGUAGAACAGAACAAAGUGUUGAUGCCUCCGACGUUUGGCAAAUACGUCGCCUGGGGCUUCGCCGAUCACUCGAUCAGAAUCGGCAACUACGAGAGCGACAAGGCCGCGUUCGUGUCAGAAAACGUCGAGCAAAACAACGGGGAGAUAUUGGCCUGUGUGUGUCCCAGCCCUAAAAUUAUUGUCACCGCUGGUACCGGCUCGGUGGUCACAGUGUGGCAUUACGAAGCAAGAAAAAAAAGUCUAAUGAUAAAACAUCGGUUGUAUGCACACACCGAUGCGGUCACGUGUUUGGCCGCAAGUCCCGCCUACAACGUCAUAGUAUCCGGGUCACGGGACUCCACUGCUAUCAUAUGGGACUUGUCUAGAGGAGUGUUUGUCAGGCAACUGAGAGGUCACGCUGGUCCAGUAGCAGCUGUAUCGAUAAACGAAUUGACGGGUGACAUAGCAACCUGUGCGGCCACGUGGUUACACGUGUGGAGCAUCAACGGGUGUCCCCUGGCGGCCGUCAAUACAUGCGUCGGUAGGGCGGAACGAAUGCAACAGAUUUUAUGUGUCGCUUUUUCGCAGGCGCACGAUUGGGACCCUUUAAAUGUUAUCAUUACCGGAUCGACGGAUGGAGUUACUAGGAUGUGGUCUUUGGAUUAUGUUCAAGUACCGAUAGAAACCUGUAAUCCCGCCAAAAAGGAUAACAACACAAAAUCGAAUAAUAACGAGCCGUCGCUUGUCAAGGAAAAAAACACUCAACAAGAAUCUGGGAGAAAUUUGAUGAAAAGCGGCUCGGAAAGUAGUUUGGCCGGCGAUUUAGGGAUUAAAAAUAAGAUUGAAAUGGUGAUAUCAUGCGAAAGCAGCCUAAAAGAGUGGGAGCGUGAAAAACAAGAGGAAAAAGAAACAUGCAGCGAUGGUGAAGAACAGAGUAAUAAUUCUUCUAGCCCUGCUCCGGUAGCUCCUGUAAGGAGAAGAAGAUCUAGGGUUCAUGGAGGAUUUAGGAGUGAAGGUGGUCAAAGUACAGAGAGCGGUGGCAGUUUAGAAAUUGAAGACGCUUCGGGCCUGAGAACGAGCAAAUCGGACACGAGCCUCACCGAUUCGUUUGUCAUCGUCGAAACGCAAAAGAAGAAUCCGAUGAAGACACUUCGCGAGGGCUUUAAAUGGCAACGGCAAUUAGUGUUCCGAAGCAAACUAACGAUGCACACCGCUUACGAUAGAAAAGACAAUACUGAACCGGCGUCCAUUUCUGCUUUGGCGGUUUCAAAGGAACAUCGUUCGUUGUACGUGGGCGACACCAGAGGGCGCGUAUUUUCAUGGUCAGUAAGCGACGUUGUCGGCAGAACGGCCGACCAUUGGCUGAAAGAUGAAGUUGCCGAAAACUGUGCUAGUUGUUCAGUUAGAUUUACAAUUUAUGAAAGGAGGCACCAUUGUAGGAAUUGUGGACAGGUGUUUUGUUCGAGAUGUUCCCGCUUCGAAAGCGAAAUUUCUAGAUUGCGAAUUUUAAAGCCGGUGAGGGUUUGUCAAACUUGCUACGCCACACUUAAAGGUGAUCACUCUUAAUUUUCGAUGUUUGUAACCAUACCACAUUUGGUGCCCUAUUUGUACAAUUCUUGAUGAUUAAAUAUUGUGAUUGUACAAUCAUUGAUAAAUAAAAGGGCAAACAAACUAGUACAAUAAUAGACAUAGAGUCACCCCCUCCUUAUGAGCAGUGUAUUAUUAACUAGCUAAUAAAUAAGUGUUGCUUCAAUAUUACUUUCGUUAUAAAAUAGGCGCAGAUUAAUUUUUUUUGUAUAUUAUGUUUCUUAAGAAUAAUUUUUAGCGUAAAGAGUAUAUUGAGUAUUAUUAAGAAGUUUCUUAUUAGUUGUAAAAAUUAGAAACAAAAAAAACAUAUUAAUAUAUUUUGUAGCGAUGAAAAGUGUCGUUAAUGUAAUAGUUAUGAUACAUUAUAUACAUAUUAUACAUACGUAAAAUAAUAUUAAAUAUCAAUAAUUAUAUGAAUUAAUAUUGUUAACUGGGUGUGCCACGAGGAAUUUCUUUUAAAUCCCAAAAUUGUUAUUUUCAUAUAUCCGCCAGUGAAUAAUUGAGUUGACUAAUUCUUAAAGGGGCUAAGUGAUAAAGUAUUGAGGAAAAUAACAAAUAUUAUUUAUAUUUUAAAUUCCUGAAGUUCUUUUUGAACUCCAUUAUUUUUUUAAUAAUAUGAUUUGGUCAAAGGUGUAAGUUACUUAAAUCAAUGCAUUCUUCCUUUCAGAAAUGUAUUUUUUUUAAUGGAAAUACUUAUUGUAAUAUUUGGGUUAUCUUAAAAUGUUAUAUUAUUAUUGUAAUUUUAAAGUUAAAAAUGAUCUGUCGAAGUCUAAUGGUUGGAACCUUUAGUUUGACACUCAAAUUACGAGACAGUUUUACCGCAAACCAAAACUCUUUAUUAAUUAAUAAUUGAAGACCUUGGUGCAAGAACCGGGCAAGUCCACAUUUCGUAAAUGUUGGGAAAAUGAAAAAAACUUUACUAUCUGAAAAUAAAUUUAAGUAAAUACAUAAAUUAAUUGAAUUGAAUGAAAAGAGUCUUAUAAAAAUCUUGAUAAGCGGCUGGGACAUAUUUUUGGACCAAACUCUUGCAAUCCUUUACUUUUUUAUCGUUUAUUAAUAGAAAAUUUUUAUAACAAUUUUCGGUUGGCAUUAAUACCUGACUUCGUGGGUCGGUCUCGAUCAGAGUAAAAGUUAAAAAAAUAGUAAGUCCAGCAGAGGCUGAGCAUUGAAUAAAGCUAUUAUUUCUAUGUGGAAAUUGCAAACUUCUCCUUGUUAGUGCCCUUAAAUCCUUUGAAUAGGGCUUUAAAAUGUUCUGUGUGAUUAUAAAUCAUUUUUUGAUUGACGUUUAUCACCUUGAAGUUUUUAGAUGUUUAACUAGGUUUCUCCAUUCUUCUGCAUUGUAUAUUCUUUCCCUCUUUCUUUUAUUUUUUUCAAUUAACCCGAAGGAACGGUCACAGGGCAGAAAACUAUGUCCUGGCUCUGGAUAUUGAUGGACCACCUGGGUAAUAUUAUUUAACUCUAUGUUAGUUAAAGUGUAUAAAUAUUUUACGAGAGUUUGGUUUUUAUUCUGCGCAAAAGCAUUAUCAGAGAAUAUAUUUAGCUCUGUAACUUCCAGAGGAAAAUAAGUUUGGAUAUAAUGUUGUAAAAAGCUGAUAACUUCAUUGGAACCUUUCUUUCCAGUAGCUUCAUCAUACAUAUAGAAUAAGGCAUUUCCACAAUGGAAUACAUCUCCGGCUGGUAUAUGCGGAAGUGGCAAAUUUUGUUGGUAGUCAAAGCAUAACGUCUCCACAUUGGGAUUCUCCUUGGCAAGUGCACUUUUUUGUUUAAGAUUUGUGUAAAAUACUUCUGCCUUACUUAAAUGGACGGUCUUCUCAGUUUGCAAAGCUACUUUGUUUUCAUUAUUAGCCUCCCCAGUUAUUUGGUUAACUAAGCGAUCGCAGGUUUGGCAUGUGUCGGACCGGGGCACACCAAAGCUGAUAUUAUAGUUCGAUGUAAAGUGGCGGUAGUAAAAGUCAUAUGUGGCCUCUGGUUGACAUUGUUCGCCGCUGGCAAGACAUUGAUAAACAGCUGGCUCAUGUUUUUUUAGAUACAUCAUAUGCAUCUAUGAAAUAUUCAUAUCUGAAGGUAAGUAGUACUUCCCAUCAUUUUUUUCUCGUCUAUAGUGAGAACUUCUGGGGAAACUUUUUAUGUGGUUAUCUAUUUGCGUUUUUAUUUGACAGGGUAUUUUAUUAGGACGAUUUUCGUGCUUUCCUCUCUUAUCAGCUGACGGUGUUAUGUUUUUCGUUAAACGAGAAGCUAAUCGGUCCACUCGAUGUUUGGUGAUGCCAUGAAUGGCCAUAAAAGCUUUCCUGCACACUUGAUAUUCUUCCGAGCCCACUCGUAUCUGCAAAAAAAAAUGAACGAGGUAGUUCUCUAGUAUUUGUAGUGUGAGCAAUAUUAUGGAGAGUAUGGAAACAUGUAUCCAAAGAGGUUCUAAAUUUACUGUAUAUAUAAAUAAAAAUAGAAAAAAUGUUUGAUAAAUCUUAAUAUCGUAAAAUCUAUUUAAAUUUUGCAGUUUUACCUACCUUAUAUGUAUGAGAAACAGAUUUUUGCGUUCCUUUACCGGUCCUUGGACGUUUACGGGCUAUCAGUUUUGACGAGAUUAGCCCUGCUAAAUAUAAGUCUUGUUUCUCCUCAUCUGCUAGUUUAUUAAAAGUUUCUAAAACCGAUUGUCUGGUUUGCUGAGAUAUAUUUAAGAAGCACCGUCGUGGACAAACACAAUCACUUCCGACCACUCUUUUCGGCACGACUUUUUUAGCAGUAUUUACGUAUUCAUCUCCACUAGCCCUUGAAAUUUUACGAACAUUUCUGGCCCAUUCAUGUUCACGCCUUGGACGUUUUCGACCUUUUUUAACGUUUUCUGCCUUUUGUGGUUGUUUCCGGAUACGUAAUUUAGUUUUACGUAUCCCCCUAUGUGUUCCAGGUUCACCUGCUUCAGUUGGAACAUAUUCACUUCCCGAGCUUUGAAAAUGUCCCGACUCUGAAUCUUGCUCCGACAUGGCCUAUUUAAAAUCUAGACACGUACUUAAAGAUAAUAAGUACUAAAGAUAAACAAUAAAUUAACUAACGAUGAACGAGCCAAAAGCAUACUAAGCCGGUUAAAGCGGCGCAACGGUUCCAGCUGUGUCACAUUCUCACGCAAGCAAGUCCCCACCACUAUACGAAAUUUGGUGCAAUAAUCAGGCAAGUCCUGGACUUGCCUGUUUCUUGAUCCAAAUCGGUUAAACGGGCAAGUCCUUUGCCUUUAUAUCUUUCACUAUAUGCCAGGGACUUGCCUGAUUCUUGCACCAAAAGACACGCAAUUUUAAUUUAUAUGGGUUGAUAUGUUUAACUCAUUUUAUGAGGAAAAUGGACUUGCCCGGUUCUUGCACCAAGGUCUUCAAUUAUUAUGCCUAAGUUAAACUCAUUCAUUAAAAAGUUAAACCCCAGAAUUUAGUUUUUUUUUUUUGCAAUAAACGCUAAUAUUUGACUAAAGUAAUUAAGUUAUAUAAAAUUAAAGUAAUUAAGUUAUCAUAUUAGAGGAAAAAUGGCAGAAACUGCACUUGGGUCCUUUAAGAAAUGAUCGAUUAAGUGGUACUAGUGUCGGCUAAUUGUCUUGAUAUUUUUUGAACAAUUUUAUUUACAUUCUGGUAAUGGGCUAUAUCGUAGGACAGAAACAUGGUCCAUAGAAAACGUCUAGGGACCAUAACUGCUGGAAUACUAUUUUGUUUUUACUAAUUUCAUGUAUGGAUCAUUGCGCUCGAUUCUAAAGAGAGCUAAUUUUUAAGUAAAUCUAUAUAUUAAAGAUUUAAGCGACUUCUAAAGUUAUCUUGAUUCAAGUAUUUGCAUUGGGAGCCUUUAAGUCUUGACAGGACUGGUCUUAAUAUUUAACAAAUUUUACGGUUUUCCAGGCAGUUACGGUUUUAAAAACGUCUUUGGUAGAUCCUGUAUAACUGUAAGGUUAAUUUAAAUAUUGUUAUUUUAAAUUGGAUUCUCGAAAUACAUUAUAUUUAUAUUGAAUUAAACAAAAAUAUAUGCAGGGUGCCUGAAAUUAAGUCUGCACUGAUGCUCACUUCUUUAUUCUUGAAGAUUGUCAAAGAUGGUUUAAUUAGAAAAGUUGUUCUGUUUCACUCUGUUACAUUGCACUUUGAAGAUAUUAUUAAAUACAUAUCUUUUUUUAUGGAACAGUUUAUAAAUGAUUAGACUAGUUAACAGCAAAUCCUUUUUUUAAAUAAAAACUGGUAAAAUGUUUAAAAAACACUUUCUUUCUCAAAUUAAAAAUAACAAAAUUAUAAAUCAGUUUUUACUAUUUUUAGGAGUUUUUAAUUUUUCGGUUACUGAUGGGUUAUUGUUAAAACAAAUCCAAGUAAAAGGAAAAAAAAACACCUGAGGUAAAAUAGAAAAAGAAUAUACGAACAGUACAGACAUAAUUACAGACAUCCUGUAUAAGUUUAUUGCUUGCCUUUUAUCGGUAUGCUAAUAAACUCUUUAAAUCUUUUACGUGCAAUAUUUUCUUGUAUUAUUUAUUAUUAUUGUAUUCUAGUUUUAUUGUAACCGUAUUAUAAAUUUGUGUGUGAUAUUAUUGAGAUCUUUUUUUUGUUAUUGUUGAUAUCUAUAAUUUAACUUAUUUUAUACAAUUUUUAAUUUGAAUAUAUAUCAUAUUCUUUUUACCUGA